UACAUCCCUGCGAGCACGAGCGAGACGAGCAGUGCCGACGGGCAGUCGUGAAAAAUGGCUUUGCUCGCGAGAAAUAUAUGUAAGGCGCUCUCUCAGGCUACUCAAAAGAACACAGUUAGAGCCCUGCAUGUAGGGACAAUACGACAGCAAGAAUCGUCAGUUGAACAAGAAGGAAAGUUAAAAUGUACCUUGAUACCAGGAGACGGUGUUGGACCAGAAUUAGUGGUCGCAGUUCAAAGUGUUUUCAAAGCUGCGGAUGUCCCGGUUGAGUUUGAACCUUACUUCUUGUCUGAAGUAAAUCCAACCUUGAGUGCUCCUCUGGAUCAAGUCUCCAACAGUAUCGCUAGAAAUCGAGUUUGUUUAAAGGGGAUCCUAGCAACUCCGGAUCACUCUAUGACAGGAGAGUUGCAGACCUUGAACAUGAAAUUACGUAAGAGCUUGGACUUAUAUUCAAACGUGGUGCACGUGAAAUCUUUGCCAGGAAUCAAGUCACGUCAUCAAAAUGUGGACUGCGUUAUUAUCAGAGAACAAACAGAGGGAGAGUAUUCCGCGUUGGAGCACGAAUCUGUCAAAGGGGUGGUCGAGUGCUUAAAGAUCGUGACUGCCACUAAAAGCCAAAGAAUCGCGAAGUUCGCUUUUGACUAUGCCGUAAAGAAUAAUCGCAAGAAAGUCACGUGUGUUCAUAAAGCUAACAUAAUGAAGCUCGGCGAUGGACUUUUCCUCAAAUCGUGCCAAGAAAUUGCUGAGAUGUAUCCCAGGAUUACGUUUGAGACGAUGAUCGUCGAUAAUUGUACCAUGCAGAUGGUUUCUAAUCCACACCAGUUCGACGUCAUGGUAAUGCCGAAUUUGUAUGGAAAUAUUGUGGAUAAUCUCGCAUCCGGUUUGGUCGGUGGUGCCGGAGUCGUCGCAGGUGCCAGUUAUAGCGCUGAGUGUGUCGUCUUUGAACCAGGCGCAAGGCACACGUAUUCCGAGGCAGUCGGCAAGAACGUCGCGAAUCCAACAGCGAUGUUGCUAUGUGCGGUGAAGCUUCUGAACCACGUGAAUUUGAAACGCUAUGGUGAACAGAUCCGGGAGGCCUUAAACCGCGUGUUGAACGAUGGAAAGGUGCUAACAAAGGAUCUGGGUGGGCAAAGCUCGACGACGGAGUUCAUUGCUGCCGUGAUAAGCAGCCUGCGCUAAAACUUGUGUAAUAUAA